CGCCCACCAGGUUGCUUCCACUGUCGACACAUCGCCUCAGCACGAUGUCGCGGGCCUGGCUGUGGCUGUGGCUGCCUCUGGCGCUGGCGCCCCUGCUGAGUCCGGCGGCCUUGCACGUGUCCGGCGCCCGCAUCCUGGCGGCGGUGCCCCUGCGCUCGGCCAGCCACUUCCGCGUGCUGCAGCCGCUGCUGCGCGCGCUCGCCGACCGCGGCCACCACCUCACCGUCAUCUCGCACUUCCCCCAGCAGCCGCCGCCGCCCAACUACACCGACAUCAGCCUCGACACCGCUGCCACGCAGGGCGGCGCCCCCUCGCCUUACAUGGGGAACCCCGACCACCCGGCCUACAUGGAGAACUUCUUCCUGUCGAUGGUGGCGCCGCUGGGUUUCUGGGAGAGGGCGGCCAACAGUGCAUUCUACCUGCUGAUGAGACUGGCCAACUGGUGGUUGUCGGAGCGAGUGAUCGACGAGGUGGAGCGAGCCGCGCUGGGCACCGCCGUGCCCCCCACCAGCCGUCUGGUCUACAACACCAGCCUCAUGCUCCUCAACAGCCACUUCAGCCUCAACCAGCCCAUACCACUCGUGCCUGCUAUGAUCGAGGUUGGGGGCCUCCACAUACAACAGCCCAAGCCUCUGCCAAAGGAGCUGCAGGAGUUGUUCGACUCGAGCGAGCACGGCGUGGUGUACUUCAGCAUGGGCACGCUGCUGCGCCUCGACGCCCUGCCCCGGGAGCAGCUGCGCGGAAUACUGCGGGCGUUCGCGUCGCUGCCGCAGAAGGUGGUCUGGAAGGCGGAGCGCGCGCUGCUGCCGCCGCUGCCCCCCAACGUUCACACUUCCGACUGGCUGCCGCAAAACGACAUCCUCAACCACCCCAAGACCGUGGCGUUCAUCACACACGGCGGGAUGCUGGGCCUGCAGGAGGCGGUUGCGGCAGGGGUGCCCAUGCUGGUGGUGCCCGUCCUAGGCGACCAGCCGCACAACGCCGCAUCCCUGAGCAGCCGCGGCGUCGCCCUGACUUUGACCGUGCGUCAGCUAACUGAGCACAAUGUGCGUGAUGCCCUGGACAGGCUCGUCAACGACACCAGCUACAGGAAGCGCAUGAAGCAGCUGUCGCAGGUGUUUCGGGACCGCCCCCGGCCGCCGCUGGAGGAGGCGGUGUACUGGGUGGAGUACGUCAUCAGGCACCGGGGGGCGCCGCACCUCAGGUCAGCCGCGGUGGACCUCGCGUGGUACCAGUACCUGCUGCUAGACGUCGCCGCUCUCAUUCUGGCCACAGUACUGCUCGCGCUGGCGUCCGUCUACGCCGGUCUGCGCUGGAUACUCGGACCUCUCUUAGCCGGCAAUCGAGCGCAGCGGAAGAAAAUCAAGAGUAACUGAACAACAGUCAGCUGUGCUAGUGUACGGCCCGACGAAAGUCGCGAUUAAAAUAUCGUGACAGAUGUCAGGUGAAGCCGUACACUUUGAGUGGAAUGUUACUUGCUGGUUAUACGUGUUGCCGCACAGUGCUGAAAUUACGCUUUUUGCAUUGUUUUUAUGAGGGUUGGCCAGAAAGCAAUGCACCGCAUUUUUUCCUUCAACAAUCCUUCAUUGAACAUACAGAGAAAUACACACAUGAAGGGCCGGCCGGAGUGGCCGAGCGGUCCUAGGC